GCACGAAAUGAUUAGUUUUCAAACUAGAAAACACAAACACCCUUCUCCCUCUCUCUCUUUACUCUCUCUCUCUCUUAAAUUAGUGAAAAGCUAGUUGCCUUUUUAGCCUACGUCUCUGCAUUCUGCAACUCUCUUUUGCAGAUAAACAAACAAAGCCUUCCGUCCACACCCACAAAUACAAUGCUGCCCCGCUCCAACACGGCCCUCUGGAUGGACGGAGAAGAAGACGAGGCCAUCUCAUGGCCACCGCCUCGGACCCCCGCCGACGCAAUCAACAACGCCUCCUUCAAGUCCAUGCUCGACCCCGAUUGCUUCAUCAACACGCCCAAUCCAUUCUAUCACCCUGAAUUCAGCACCCUUUUAUUCAAUCCCUUGGAUUCCUCUUCCUCCUGCUCUCCCUCGCACCCCUUCCACCUCGAUCCCUCGCACCAGAUGCCCGCAUUUUUGCCGCCUAAAUCUAUGCUUCCUUCUCUCUUCACCAACAAUUUUGAUAAUGGCUUCGAUUUGAGCUGCGACCAGAGCUUCUUCCCAGCUCCGGACGCUUCUUCCGCGCCCAUUUUGAUGGGUUUUAAUGGAUUUAAUUCCCAAUUUCAGUCCAGCUCUGAGUUUCAGACCGCCUCCCGGAUGCUUCCUUUUUCCGAAGAUAACGCCGCCGCAACUGCCACCGCCAUUGGAGGUGCUUCGAAUGCAUUCAAUUUCGAGGGUUUCGAUGCUAGCGGCGGAUUAUACCCCAACAGGUCGAAGCUGCUGAGGCCGCUCGAAGUUCAGCCGUCAGUCGGAGCGCAGCCGACUCUCUUUCAGAAGAGGGCGGCGCUGCGGCAGAGCUCGAGGCUGCAGAAUUUGGGGACUAUGAGCUCCAAGAGCGACGAGGGUUUGACGAGUGUGGAUGAUACGGGGGGAAUGGAUAUGGGGAGGAAGAGGAAGAGGAAUUUUGAGGAUGAAAUGGAGGAUAUGGGAGCUGAUAUCUCCACUAUGAAUUACGAUUCGGAUGACCCCACCGAGAAAUUCGGCGACGGAAAUGGCGACAAUUCCAACGCCAACAGCAGCGUGACGGUCGGCGACCAGAAGGGGAAGAAGAAGGGGAUGCCGGCCAAGAAUUUGAUGGCGGAACGCCGCCGGAGGAAGAAGCUCAACGACAGACUUUACAUGCUCAGAUCUGUUGUACCUAAAAUAAGCAAGAUGGAUAGAGCUUCAAUUCUUGGAGAUGCAAUUGAUUAUUUGAAGGAACUUUUGCAACGCAUAAAUGAUAUUCACAAUGAACUUGAAGCUACUCCAGCUGGAUCUAUGAUGCAUCCAUCGACAAGCUUCCAUCCUCUGACGCCCACGCCUCCCACUCUUCCUUAUCGCGUUAAGGAAGAAAUCUGUGCAAGCUCAGCACCCAGCCCCAAAAACCAACCUGCAAGGGUUGAAGUAAGGUUGAGAGAAGGGAGGGCUGUGAACAUACACAUGUUCUGUGCACGUAGACCAGGUCUCUUGUUGUCGACUAUGAGGGCUUUGGACAACCUUGGUCUGGACAUUCAGCAAGCUGUGAUAAGCUGCUUCAACGGCUUUGCUUUGGAUGUGUUCCGAGCAGAGCAAUUUAGAGAAGGGCAGGAUGUGUUGCCGGAGCAGAUCAAAGCAGUGCUUCUGGAUUCUGCUGGGUUUCAUGGUGUUAUGUAGAUUUUAAUCUUGUCUUAGCAAACAGUCUACUCAGCAGUAUUGUUGGAUUAUGAGUAGGUAUGACUGGCAUCUCAUAACAAUGGAUCCAAGGUAGUGUUGUUUAGAUGAUUUGUGGCAUUUAAUUGAAUUUUUUCAAUCUAUUACUAUUAUUUUUCCCCAUAGUUUUAAUUAUAAAUUUUGUGAUUUCUA